GACAGCUUUGAGAUCCCGCCAGUAGCCACUGAAGCUCUUCCUUGUGUGACAGGAGAGCGCGGCAAUAGUGACACGCGUGCGUAUUACUGCUGGGAAGCGCCAGUGUCCGCCCCCCGCCCACCAUCCUUUCUGGGAAGCUGUGAGGAACCAAAACCUCUCGUGCACUCGGGUUGACAGGUGACGUGAGCCAACCAGCGCGUCCACAUUGCUGCUACAGUCACCGAGGCGAGAGGGGGGCGUGGGACGUUGCCGCCGGCGGGAGCAGGGGAUAAGUUUCGUGCUUAUCACAACAAGUACAUCGGGAACUCAGUAUAGAGGGAAAAAGAGAGAGCCCAGAAAACUCCUAUGCAGGAAUCCAAAUUACCCCGAUGAAGUAAAAUAAGAACUUUGCUGUGUAAAGAAAAAGACUGACCUUCCCUCCAGAAUGAAUAUGUGCAAAGAUUUUACCACGUUCAAGUGGAGGACAAUCACUAAGUUGAGAAAAAUGUGAAGAUCCAAGAGUCAUAUUACUGGUCUGGGAAACAGAGAUCCAGCAGCCAGUUGCUGCCCACAUUCAGACAUUGUCUCUCUUCAGGCGUCCUGUCAAUGGCAACCCAAAGGAGGCGCUUUGUAAAAGAAUUUAAUCCUCACAUCACAUGCUACAUCUGCAAAGGUUAUCUGAUUAAGCCAACCACAGUCACAGAGUGCCUGCAUACAUUUUGUAAGACUUGCAUUGUUCAGCAUUUCGAAGAAAGUAACGACUGUCCUAAAUGUGGAAAUCAAGUGCAUGAGACAAAUCCUUUAGAGAUGUUAAGGUUAGAUAACACAUUAGAAGAAAUUAUAUUCAAGUUGGUUCCAGGACUGCGAGAAGGGGAACAGAAUCGAGAACUGGAAUUUUGGAAGAGGAAACAACCUCAGGAAAAUGGAGAUGAUGGAGUUGUGAAUGUGAAAAGGCAUAGAGACGAUGAAGAGGAAAAUGAUGAAGACAGGGACUAUCACAGAAGUGAUCCACAAAUUGCCAUUUGUCUUGACUGCUUACGUAAUAAUGGCCAAUCCGGAGACAACAUAGUGAAGGGUCUGAUGAAAAAAUUCAUCCGUUGUUCAACUCGUGUAACUGUUGGGACGAUUAAGAAGUUUUUGAGUUUAAAAUUAAAACUUCCAAGCACAUAUGAGCUGGAUGUACUAUGCAAUGGUGAAAUUAUGGGGAAGGACCAUACGAUGGAGUUCAUAUACAUGACAAGAUGGCGACUGAGGGGUGAAAAUUUUCAGUAUGAGAAAAGCUCGACUUCACUGCACAUGUCUCUCACCGAAACUGCACGCGGAGUUUCAGAGGCAUCCACAAUCUCUUACCCCAUGGUAUUACAAUACCGACCAAGAAUUGACUUUGGUUAAGACACACAAGGGUCUGGGCCACAGUAAGAAGAUUUCUGCACUAUGUGUUUACUCAUCGACAGAUUGCACAAUGAAUGGAUGUGCCUGAACUAUGGACAAAUACAAAACCUUCUUUACAACACGAGAAGAUGGAUACGCUAUUUCAGAAAAUGUUACCCAGUUUAUUUGUGUUUGAAAGUAACCAAGUGCCAGUCCGCAAGCAAACAUCUACACAUACUAUGUUCUACACAUACUAUGUUCUACACAUACUAUGUUCUACACAUACUAUGUUCUACACAUACUAUGUUCUACAGAUACUAUGUUCUACACAUACUAUGUUCUACAGAUACUUUGUUCUACAGAUACUAUGUUCUACACAUACUAUGUUCUACAGAUACUAUGUUCUACACAUACUAUGUUCUACAGAUACUAUGUUCUACACUUACUAUGUUCUACACAUACUAUUUUCUACAGAUACUAUGUUCUACACAUACUAUGUUCUACAGAUACUAUGUUCUACACAUACUAUGUUCUACAGAUACUAUGUUCUACACUUACUAUGUUCUACACAUACUAUGUUCUACAGAUACUAUAUUCUUUUUGUUGUAGUCUAGAAGGUUUGAGUCAAGCAUAUGAAUGGGACGAGUACAUUAAAGUCAAAGUGUAUUGCCUUAGAUGAAAAGUGCUGUAACACCUCUACCAGAUAUUUUCCAUUUUAAAACAUAUGGGGGAUUGUAGUAAACCUGUUGAAAGGGACACAGAAUGUUUGCCUAAUUAUCUCUCAUAAAUGGAUGAAAUAGGGGCAGAGCAAAGGCAAACUGUUCCAGUUUUUAGCUCCGUUUUUCUUUUGUCCUUUCCCCAUUUUUCAUUAAUGCUAUUAAUGCCCUCACUAAUUGUGAUGCAAUUGUCUUAGCGAAGACUUACUCAAUGCCUCAAGGGGCAUGACAAGCAAAGUAUUUGCUUUAGAUUCAGUUAAAAAGAGGUAUACUGUAUGAGCAUAGGCUUUGCAAUAAGUCAAUAGACUGAAACUGACAGCGAGAGCACUGCUUACCAACCAUGACUCGACUCAGUAUAGCAAAUAUUUUGGGGUCUGUGCAAUGACAAACACAACAUUUGCCUCCAGAUCUAGAUUUUUGGACAGAUAGAUAUCUGAUAGGUCCACACAAGGGUGUAUAAUCUGCCAUCUGAAGUGGCCGAAUCAGCAGCCUGCUUGAGUAGCAGAAUUUCUGAUUUUCUCAACAAAAAUUAAGAGAUAUAUUUUAAAGGUUGAACUGGGUAGGUCCUUUAGGCCUUAAGUUACACAGGUCUAGUUUGUUUUAUUUAAAAUGCAAUGAAAGUGGCAACAUUUGCACCAGUAAAAGUAACAACCAAUCCGCACAUACUUGUCAGCUGUUUUAAAUCAAAUAUCUGGUUGCCAUGGGUUACUAGACCUGGUGCAAGCUUUGAACCUUUAGUGCAUUACCUAGAUAAUGUGCGUUCUUUCUGGGACACAACUGUCUAGCAUUUGUUUUAAAUACUGGCACAAGCAGGUAAGAAAACGUAUAAAUAGUAUUUAUUUGAAGCACAUUUUUUUCUUCCCACAUUAAAUAUUCAGAUGUCUUCCACCUUGAUUAGAAGUUUCAUGUUAAUAUAAGCCUCAGUGAGUAUGUUGGGCCAAAACCAUGUGAUUUUAAUAAUGCUGAGAGAACCAAGCCUGCAUGAAAAUACCUUUUCUAUAGAUUCUUUGUAUUUGGAAACCUGCAUGGACCUUGCUUGUGAAAGUGGUUAUCCUUUAUGCAUUUACAUUUUUCUUUGAAUAUUUCCCCAAAAUAUUGCCCUUUCCUCUUAUUCUAGUGAAACGUGUGCCUCGCUUUUUAUAUAUCUGGAAAGUGUGUAUGUAAUUGUUUACUCUCAGCCCUCAAAAUGUUAGUGAAAUGUUGCAGAUAUAUUUUCUUCUGUAUUUACCAAACCAUAUAUAGAUAUAUAUAUAUAUAUACAUCCAUCCAUGCUGGUUGGAUUUAGAUAUAUAUAUAGAUAUAUGGAUAGAUAUAAGGAUAUAUUCGUGUCGAUUGUCAUUCUGUAGACUAUGUUUAAAAUGCCUUUAAAAUGUAACCAAAAUGAUCUAAUUUUAUAAGAUUAGCCAGGUAAAGAAUAGGCUUCUUGCACUACCAGACUUGGAAAAGGGACCUGAUUUAUUAAAGUAUAUUUUUAUAGUGUAUUUUCAGUUCAGAUAUAUUUUUAACUGAAAAAAAAAAAAAAAGAAUUACGCUUGGAAAUUCU